CGCACUUUAAGGCGAAAAAGUCUCCUACCUGCCAUGUUCAUUAGAUUGUCAUAAUUGACAGAACAACAGUUGAUCUUGACAAAUGACAUUAGUAAACAAAGUUUCCAUUGUAUAUUUUGUUACUAAAGUUACAAUUUCAAGAUAAAAGAAACGAAGAAUUAUCGGAAAGAAAUAUAUUAGAAAAAUAUAAAACUUUUGUUAACCAAAUUGAUAAAUGUGUUAUUAAUGUUAAUAUAAAUGGAAAAAAAUACUUAUGGUACUUAUGAAUAUUUAUCUACCGACAAUGUCAACGAAGAAUCGAAUCAAUUUUUUGUCGUUCACGAAGAUGGGACGUAUCUACUUAAUAGACCAAUCCAAUACAUAACUGAAGUGGCAGAUGGAAAGGAAAUGCUUGACAAUGUGGAAACCCCCAUAGUGUAUGAUGUCACCCCACAACAGUUUUAUGUCAAUGUUGAAAAUGUGUCCUCUGAACUUAUAUCUGUGUCUGAUCAGUUUUCAAUACCUCAGCGAACAAACAAUUUGUAUGCUAACAGUUAUCUACUCCCAGGAUCUUCUAUUGAUACAACUAAUCAAGAGAUCGAUCAAGAUAUCACAAAUGAUGAGUUCAAACCAAAUGAUACUCAAAUGGAUGUAGAUAUAGAUACCAAUAUUAAUAAGAAUACUAAUAAUUACACUGAGAUAACACUUCAUGAUGAACAAUAUUCACAGUUAGAAGAUAAGGGCUGGAUUAUGCUGGAAAUUAAUGAGAAAGUAUUUAUACUUGAUACAUUGGGUGGACUUCGUGACAUAACAACUGAUGAAAAAUUAAUUGAAAAAUUGAAAGCUGUUAACCAAAAUGAUAAUAUAAGGAAUAAAUCAGGAUCUAUGAGCGUCAAUAAUACAAGUAGAUAUGACAACACUGCCCAUACUUCUACCCAACAAGAAUUUGUGAUCAAAAGUGACGAUAAUGUACAGAUUGAUGACAAUGUACAGAACUUAUCUUUCGUAAUUACUGAUAGAGAAGAGUGCACCACAUCAGAACAGAUUCCUAAUGAGCACCAGACAGUACCUAAAACCUCAGAUCUCAUAACACUGGAAAACAAAGAAACGAGGGAUGUGGAAAACAAUGAAGAGGACACUGUAGAUGUAAAAAUAUUUGUAAUUGACAAUGAAACAAGUGAUUCAAGAAAACAAGAUAGCAAUGUGUUAAGGAUUAAAACGAAAUUAACUUUCAAAGAUUUUCCUGAUAAAAUAGUUUUGGGGAAGACAAUCAAUGGUAAAAAAUUGGUUGCAAAAGUGAAGAAAAAAGAAACUUGCUCUAAUGAUCUUAAUUAUCAUAAUGGAAAUCAUAUAGAGGUUUUACCUAAUCAUUCAAAAGACACAUCUAAUGUUGUAUCAAAACAUACAGAUACUAUUGGCCUAGAUAUAUCGGAAUUCACUGAAAUUUUAGAGGAGUCACUACAGGGAAGUAAUGGCAGAAAAAUAAGUGCUAAAGACUUCGAAGCAACAGAAAUAUUAAUUAUGCAGCUUAUUAAAAUACCUUCAUUUAAAACUUCUAUUUUAUGUUACAAUUUAUGUAUCACUAAGGAAAAACGAACAGAAGAUGUACAUGGGAAUGUGAUUAGCAGAUCUAAACCAACUUUAGUUACUGGUCAAGUAAGAUUAAUUAACAACCAAUGGAGGUUUAUUCACAUUCCUGACAUGGUGCUCAAACUUACUCACGGAGGAGAAUAUGGUUUCGUCAGUAGAGAGACUGGAAAUGCAAUAGGUAGCCAUAGUGUACUACACAUACAUGUUCUAGAAACUGAACAGAAACACGGAGAAUCCAACGUGGUAAAGACCGCCGUUUCAGUUAUCAAAAGAAACUUACCAUAUUUGAAUGAAAAAAACUAUAAAACAAAGAAAGUUUAUGCUUGUGCUGCAUGUGCAGCUUUAUACAACACUGAAGAAGAACUGAUGGACCACCAAAAGAUUCAUUGCACCAAUGUUGGUGUAGAACCUGAUUCUAAAAAACCAGGAAACACUAAGUCAAACGAAGCCUAUUACAUAGAGAAUGGCAAAGAAAAGAUUUACUGUUGCAUGCAGUGUAAUGCUCGAUUCAAGAGGCUGAGUUUCUGCAAAAAUCAUAUCAAGGCACACCCAAAGAAUCCAAUGCAAAGUGAAAGCAAUGAAGAAAAUGGAUCAGAAAAUCAGACAAAAAAUGGUAUUUACAAGUGCAAUAUGUGCCCAUGCACAUAUUUUCAUUCAUCUACAUUAUCUAAACACAUAGUUACAAGGCAUAUACAAGUUAUAUAAAUGAAAUUAAUAUUUUAUUUCUUUUAUACAAUAUACAAUAAAGUAUUUAAUUCA